AUGAAGAUUUUCAUUUUCGCUUUCAUUCGAGGGAUUCCAAGCUCAGCGAACAUCAUGUACCUGGUCUUCUUGACGCCGAAGCAAAAAUUCACGUGUGUCACGCCAUCGGGAUGGACAGCUACCAAUGACCAGUGUUUCAUGAGACCGAGCGGAACGAUCAACGGCACUUUGAUUGGUGGGGUAUUGCCUUGCUCGCAAUGGACGUACGAUCGUUCUAUUUACGCUGGAAUCACGAUGGUCGAGCAGUCUGGAGCUAUGAGAAGAUUACCCUUCCACUGGAAUCUAGUAUGCUCCCAGAGGUGGAUGGUGUCGACGACGCAGAGUGUCUAUUGGAUUGGGGUAGUGUGCGGGAACUUCAUAUUCGCGCACGUUGGAGACUGGUAUGGGAGGAAACGAUCGACUAUGAUCGCCUUGAUCUGGUCUGCCGUGACCGGGACUUUGAUGGCCUUCGCCGCCUCGAUCGUCUACUAUAGCUUCUUCCGGUUUCUCACCGCUGUUGGAACCACUGGAUACUACGAAGCGUGCCUCCUCCUCGUCAUUGAGGCUCUCUCACCGGCGAAACGAUACAUAGUCACGCUCACGAUUGGUCUCGGCCACUCGUGUGGUAUGGUACUGGUCCCGGUGACGGCCCAUCUACUCACGGACUGGAACUUGGUCCAUUUGGCCCCGCCUGUCAUUGUUGCGAUUCUCCUCAUGAUUUGGACGGUUGUCAGUGGCCUGCUGUGGUACCACAGCAGCGUCUCUACAGCGGGGGUCAGCGACCAUCCCUUUCGAGGUUUCGCUCUCGCUGCCCUAUUUGAAUCGCCUGCCAAAUUGCUGAACGUCCUCUUCAUCAAAUAA